GCCCGUCGCCCGCCGCCGCGGCGGGAAAAUCCGACUGGGCCUUCCCGGCUGCCGCCUCUCUCUGGCCCCGCGCGCCUGCCUGGUCGGCUCGCUGUGAUGGAGGAGGACGACGGGGCCGAGGAGCAGCAGCGAUUCUCUUACCGGCAGAGGCUGAAGGCAGCAGUUCACUACACUGUCGGUUGUCUUUGUGAGGAAGUCGCACUGGACAAAGAGAUACAGUUCAGCAAACAGACCAUCGCAGCAAUUUCGGAGGUGACUUUCCGACAGUGCGAAAAUUUUGCCAAAGACCUUGAAAUGUUUGCAAGACAUGCGAAAAGAAGUACAAUUAACACUGAAGAUGUGAAGCUCUUAGCCAGGAGGAGUAAUUCAUUGCUAAAAUAUAUCACAGAGAAAAAUGAAGAGAUUGCUCAGUUUAACCUAGAACGAAAAGCAAAGAAGAAAAAGAAGUCAGAGGAUGAAAAUAAAAAUUCAACAGAGCAAGCAGAGGCUGGAGUAGUGGAAAGUGAGAAUUAAACUGUCACCACUGGAAAAAAGCAGCCUUCAGCAGGGCUGCUGAGAAAGAUGCGCAGCCGCAGAGCUGGAGAGAAGUGCCAGUUGGCCCACAGAAUGCCACCACCCCUCUGCCUGCUGCUGCUGCUGCUGCUGCUCCUUGCAGGGGCCGCCGCUGCCCUUCCCC